CGCGCGCGCGCCCUGUGGGGAUUCCCCCCUUCCCCCCUGUUUUCCCGUCGAGUGAUGCACUUGGAAUGAGAAUCAGAGGAUGGAAAUAGUCUGGGAGGUGCUUUUUCUUCUUCAAGCCAAUUUCAUCGUCUGCAUAUCAGCUCAACAGAACUCACCAAAAAUCCAUGAAGGCUGGUGGGCAUACAAGGAGGUGGUCCAGGGAAGCUUUGUCCCAGUUCCUUCUUUCUGGGGAUUGGUGAACUCAGCUUGGAAUCUUUGCUCUGUGGGGAAACGGCAGUCACCAGUCAAUAUAGAGACUAGUCACAUGAUCUUCGACCCCUUUCUGAUGCCCCUUCGCAUCAACACUGGGGGCAGGAAGGUCAGUGGGACCAUGUACAACACUGGAAGACAUGUGUCCCUGCGCCUGGACAAGGAGCACUUGGUCAACGUAUCAGGAGGGCCCAUGACAUACAGCCACCGGCUGGAGGAGGUCCGGCUACACUUUGGUAGUGAGGAUAGCCAAGGGUCAGAGCACCUCCUCAACGGACAAGCCUUCUCUGGGGAGGUGCAGCUCAUCCACUAUAACCACGAGUUAUAUACCAAUGUCACAGAAGCUGCAAAGAGCCCAAAUGGAUUGGUGGUAGUUUCUAUAUUUAUAAAAGUUUCUGAUUCAUCAAACCCAUUUCUUAAUCGAAUGCUCAACAGAGACACUAUCACAAGAAUAACAUAUAAAAAUGAUGCAUAUUUACUACAGGGACUUAAUAUAGAGGAACUAUAUCCAGAGACCUCUAGUUUCAUUACUUAUGAUGGGUCAAUGACUAUCCCACCCUGCUAUGAGACGGCAAGCUGGAUAAUAAUGAACAAACCUGUCUAUAUAACCAGGAUGCAGAUGCAUUCCUUACGCCUGCUCAGCCAGAAUCAACCGUCUCAGAUCUUUCUGAGCAUGAGUGACAACUUCAGGCCCGUCCAGCCACUCAACAACCGUUGCAUCCGCACCAACAUCAACUUCAGUUUACAGGGGAAGGACUGUCCAAACAACCGGGCCCAGAAGCUUCAGUAUAGAGUAAAUGAAUGGCUCCUCAAAUAGGAAAGUAAGCCAAGAAGAAUCCCACCUCAGUGAAAUGCUACAACUGUGAAUUGACGUAACCUAAACUGUCCCCUUCUUUCUUCUCUUUCUUUCCUCCCUCAAGCCUCAUUCACUCUUUGGAUCGGCCCUUUCUUCAUGAAAAUUGUCUGCAAAACCUUGGCAGAGGAAUAUAUCUCUUACACACACUCACAAAUACACACACAAGCACUCACACACACAUACACACACAUGCAAAUAUAUCUACUCACAUACACACUCAUACAGCCCCCAAGAUGGGAAGUUAAAUUUUAGAAACAAAAGGCUCAUUCAUAAGAGGUCUUAGAAGAAAAUAACCAAUUAACCUGAUUACAAUUUUGAUACUGUUUUCCGAAACAAAUAAAUCUACCGAAUGAGAAUUUUCAGCCUUGUAUAUUACAAAAUUCUUCCAAAAGAGAGAGAGGAGAAAACACAGCUCUGACAGCAUCAAGUGGACUUUUGUUCUUUGCAUCAAGUAAUCUCAAAUAGUGUCCUAGGAUCCUUUAUGGGUGCUGGUGACAGGUGAGCCAAGACAAAGUUGGCCAAGGACACAUUUCUAGAUUGCGAUUCUUCUGUUUACUCAACAAUUUAAAAAGAAAAAAGGACAGACAUUGAAUAGAUGCACAUUGUAUAUAUAUAUAUCACCACAGACUAUUAAAAAAUGGAAUUAUUACCCCUCUUUGUCAUAUAUGUGUAGUAGGAUUUGCCAAGAUCAUAUUGAUCCAUUUGCUGUUUCUUAUUUUCCAAAGGUCAUACAUUGUGUUUGGUUAUUGUUAACAGCUCAAUAAAUGUGUUUAACAAGUUAAUUUCAUUUUUCUGGCUAUAGUCUAUUCUCCUUCCUUACAGGCUAAGACCUGGCUCCAUACAACUGCAUUCUUUGGUUUCAUUUGUUCCUUCAUCUACAUGUUUUGCUCAUUUGCAGCCAGUUUUUACUGAGUUUGUGGCAAUGGGAAUGCAUUUGCUAAGCAAGUAUAACUUUAACUCCACUCCAUGGCUCGAUCAUUCAUAUGAGGUGAGGUUCAGCCUGAGAUAGUAGGUGACAGAUUUCUUGCACUUCAAAACUGCCACCGCCCACCCCACCCCACCCCCAUGAUGCUCCCUUGAAGGAAUGCACUUUGUCUUGUAAAUUCUUGGGAAAGGGGUGUAUUUUCUCUCCAGGUGCAGCUGGAUCUCACAAAGUACAAAUGAAUGCCUUUCUUUUCUUGUUUAUAAUGGUCACUCACUGUGUUUGGUUACUGUCAAGAAAUCAAUAAAUGUGUGUAACAAGUUA